UGAAAAAGCGGCGCGCGGAUCUGCCCGACGGGUAACGGGCAACAAAACUCGCAGCCCCUUUCCCCCUCCCGCUAGCUUAUAAACUGCCGAUCGAGCCGCCAUGUCAUGAGAGAAGAACCCAUGGCCGACACCUGACCUCACAAGAAGAUGAAGAUAGCUCAAUUUCUCUGCUUCUCGCCUGUGGCCAAGGAACAGAUCACAGCGGUCCAUGUCCUGCCGGAGUUUCGGCCGUGCAAUCGACAGCGCCGGUGGCGGCGGCGCCUCACCGGAAUCAUCUUCCCGAUUCUCAUCAGGCCACAGGAGAACGGUUGUACUGAUAAUUCUUCAGAUACGAAAAUUGGCGGUCAAUUCUGUGAUCGGAAACCAACCUUUGAAUCGGAAACCGCAUCGGUACGGAAAUCGAACUCCGAUGAAGAUCGGGGAUCGGAUGAGGUGAUCUUCUCAUCCUCAUCGAGCUCAUCACCCAAAACACCAUCGUCUUUAUCAUCUUCUUCCUCCUUGUCUUACCCGGAUUUUCCUACCCCGAGGCAAAGGGGGGCAGUGGAAACGGGCGCGGAGAGGCGGUAUGCUCUCUGUUUCUUGGUGGUGAGCUUGAUAGUGAUGGUAUUCUGCGGCCGGAUCUGCGCAAUUCUGUGGACGGCAUCGGGUCUCUGCUUUCUUCCUCGCCGGAAACCGGCUACUGAGACACCUGAGCUCGGUGGUGUGGAGACUCCAGCGUCGGCUGCAUCGGCGCUGCCUCCGGCGGAGGACCGCCUGCAAAAGCGAUUUUGUGAGUAUAACAAGAGGCGGGUUGUUCUGGAAGGAUUUCUAGGAAGAAGCAAACGAGUUUAAAGAAGGCAUAUAGUAAUGAAAUAAAGUUGGUACCCAAACGAGUGAAAAUAUGUUUAGUUUUUUUUUUGGAUUUAUGGCCAUAACUUUUGCUGGUAAAUCUAUAAGCUAGUCCUGCUGCUGUUUCAAUUUUUUUUUUUAAUGUUAAUAUUGUUAAAUUUCUCUGUUCUCUCCAAAAUAAUGAAAAUUCUACUUUUUUGCUUUGGAA